AUGCUUAUUCUUAUUGUUUUUUAUUUGUGGGAUUUACUUAUUAUUAUUACAACUAUUGUUGCUGGUCAACAACACAUACAAACUCAAACAUUUGACAUCACUAUUGGUGGUGUUUUUACAGAUAGAGACGAAGGAACAGAAACACAAAGUAUGGAAAAUAUAUUUAAAUACGCUAUUUUUCAUUAUAAUCGUUUGGCUAAAGAAGCACAUAAUCUUUCAUUUAAAAUACGUAUUAAAGAAGAAACAUUAAGUUUAAUUGCUGCUGAAUCAGCUGUACAAACUGUUCAUGAUGUUUGUUCACUUGUACAUCAACGUCAUGUACAAGGUAUAUUUGGUCCACCUUAUCCUGAAUUAGCUACACUAGUUCAUUCAAUAUGUUAUCAUGUUGAUAUACCAUUUAUAAAUGUAUGUUCAUCAUGUUAUGAUGUUGAAAACCCGGAUGAAGAACCUAAUGACUAUAUUGAACAAAUCCCAAGACGUGAUCGCAUGUCUAUUAACUUNGCAAGGUCAGUUAAAAUUUUGUCAACAUAUACUUAA